GCAUCCCCCGUUAUCGCCAACCUGAGGAGUCUGGACCAUUGCACUGCCAAGCCUUUUCUUUCUUUCAUCAACCAAAUCCAGCCAUGGUGACCACAACUACAUGGCCUUGGGGCCUUUUGGUCAUGACCGGCUAUCUCACUAACCUCACCUCAGCAGCUUACCCAUUAACCACCGACGCCAACUGCCACUGCUACAGAACCAACGCCACCUCCACAAACUACUUUCGCCGACACAAGUUCUUUGACUUUCGCAACCUCCAACAAUACGCCAAAACGCCAAACCCAAUUUCCACAUUUGAGGGAAACGCUGCCGCCCCUCCGACUUCUUCUUACUUCGAUUCGAACCAAUGGAAAGACAACUGGGGCAUCCAGACCUGGAAUAAUACCGAACUAAUGCGCUUAAACAACACCGACGUCAACGACGCCACAGUGCCAAUGGUCAACUCGUUCAACAACAUCUACAUCGAGCGCUCUUCUGAUUCGAACGCUAAUGGGCAAACAUACUUGGUGAUGCGAACAGUUCGGCACUCCUUCGGCGGCCCUUCCACGCCCUCUGGCAAUGGCUCUGGCUUCCAAAGUUCUGCCGAGUUCGAAUCCAUGCUCACAUCCUACCAAUUUCUCUCCCUGCGCAUGCUCGCCCGCACCCGCGGCUCUCCGGGCGCAGUAACAGCCAUGUUCACCUACCGGCCUCCUCCUCAGCCUCAACAAGUCAUCUUGGUUCAGGAAGCCGAUCUGGAGAUUCGCACGCAGGAUCCGCCUAGUUAUGUCCAGUAUACCAAUCAACCAUCUUGGAAUAGCACUAGUGACAUCAAAGAGGCGACGAGGAACGCGUCCAUGCCAAGUGGGAAGAAGUGGAGCGACUGGGCAGUUUAUAGGAUGGAUUGGACGCCUGGGCAAUCAACAUGGUUUGUGAACGGCGUGGAGGCUACCAAGAUAAGCUUCCAGGCACCGAGGGAUCCGAGCCAGGUGAUGUUCAAUGUCUGGAGCGAUGGGGGCAGCUGGUCGGGCGUUAUGGGGCAGGGGGGAAAGGCGGAGAUGCAGGUGCAGUGGAUUGAGAUGGUUUAUAAUAGUACGGAGGCAGCUGGACCUGUGACUGGACCGGGAAACAAAAAUGGUUGUGCCAAUAUUUGCAGUAUCGACGAAACGACGAAACUGGGGACUCCGGUGCUUAUUAGCAAUCCAAACGGGGGUAACCCACCCGCCAAUAACCCGCCCGCCAACCCUCCAAGCAGCUGCACAACCGCCAAGUACGGCCAGUGCAACGGAAAGAACUGGAAUGGGUGCAAGACUUGCGCAAGCGGGAGUGCGUGUCGGUAUCAGAAUGAUUAUUAUUCGCAGUGUCUGUAGGGCAAUCCUAGGCGUGCGAACGUAUAGUCCGGUAAUGGGUGGUACAGGAAUCUGGAAAGACUGUGCUUCCGCUAUAAGGGGAGAUGGCCUGUAAAUGCUUCUUCUGGCAUGGAAACGACUGGAGGUGUUUUAUCGGUAAAAUUGAGGGUUUGAUAGCUACAUCUAUGCGUCUUUCUUGUCUGAGUCAA